AACGCGUCAUCACUUGCGACCUUGUCUUCUUCACUUGGUUUUCUAACAGGCGGAGAGGACGAGCAUGGCGAAUAAAGAUCCCGGGGGUUUUCUGCAGCAGCUGCGGCAGAUCGCAGGCAGGAUGUCUUCAGGACCUCGGGGUGCAGGACUCGGCUUGAAGCUGCUGAUUGGUGCUGGAGCUCUGGCGUACACAGUGAAGGAAGCCACAUACACAGUGGAAGGAGGUCAGAGGGCGAUCAUCUUCAACCGGAUCGGAGGGAUGCAGAUGGACACGGUGCUCGCUGAGGGACUCCACUUCAGGAUGCCCUGGUUUCAGUAUCCCAUCAUCUAUGACAUCAGAGCCAGACCCAGAAAGAUCUCCUCUCUCACUGGAAGCAAAGACCUGCAGAUGGUCAACGUCUCCCUGCGAGUUCUGUCCCGGCCACUGGCGUCCAACCUGCCCGUCCUCUACCAGCACCUGGGACAGGACUACGACGAGCGCGUGCUGCCCUCCAUCGUCAACGAGGUGCUGAAGAGCGUGGUGGCCAAGUUCAACGCAUCGCAGCUCAUCACGCAGAGAGCGCAGGUUUCCAUGCUGAUCCGCAGGGAGCUGUUUGAGCGGGCCAAAGACUUCAACAUCAUCCUGGACGACGUGGCCAUCACCGAGCUCAGCUUCAGCCGCGAGUACACGGCCGCCGUGGAGGCCAAACAAGUCGCCCAGCAGGAGGCGCAGCGAGCUCAGUUUUACGUGGAGAAGGCCAAACAGGACCAGAGGCAGAAGAUCAUCCAGGCCGAAGGAGAAGCUCAGGCCGCCAAGAUGCUGGGCGAGGCCGUGACCAAGAAUCCAGGUUACCUGAAACUCAGGAAGAUCCGGGCGGCGCAGAACAUCGCCAAGACGGUAGGAAGCACCACACGAUGUUCGUCUGUUUGACACGAACCCCACAAAUAAAAACACACAGUUCUCCUCUGCGUAC